CAUGACCCAUUCCAUAAGCCCAGCAAAACCCCUAACUACUUUUUGGCCCAAAUAAACCCUAAGCCUAAAUAAACCCAUCUCCAUAAGAUAAGCAGCAGCCGCCGCCUAAGCCUAUACACACCCACAAAGGGUUUUAAUGACCCGAGAGAGAGAAAGAGGGAGGGAGAGAGGGAGAGAUCUGCCACGACCCAGCACCUGCCGGACAAAAGGAGCCGUCGUCGGAGCUGGGAACGAACGGCGAGGCAGGGGUCGAGGAGCGAACGCAAGCAUAAGGAUGAAGGUGGAUUUGGGAGACACGAGAGGUCCGGCGGCGAGAAGAGCACAGCUGGGUCGAGGGACGAGGGGAUCGCCGGCGUGGCGCGACGAGGGGAUCGCCAGCGUGGCGAGACGAGGGGAGCGCCGGCGUGGCGAGCGGCUGCUGUGCUGGGGCUGUUCUCUGCUCUGCUGGGCUCGACGAAGGAGACGAAUUGGGAACGGCGGAUGCUCCUGAUAAUUAGGGUUAUUGAAGUUGGAAGAAUUCCAACCCGCCGAAACGACGCCAUUUCAGUCAAAACCGGUAGCCGGAUCAGUCCGGUCAGACCCCGGUUUCCCCCGGUUUUGACCGGCUUUGACCGGCUACCGGCCAGCUCUAAAUAUGGCUGGUUCUGGCCCUUUUAGUGCCCGGUUCCGGCCCAACCCGGUCGAACCGGCCGGUCAGAGCCGGGUUUGACAACCAUGCCUGCAAUACAAACGUGUAGGUUGAGAUUCUCUAAAUUAAAGUGUUUAAUCAAUUAUACAUUGUGUUAAUGUAUGAAUUUGAAAAAUAUAUUGUUUGGAAAUUAAAUGAUUUUGGUGGUUUCUUACAAAUUUAGAAGGGAAAAUGAGUAAUUGACAAUCUCAACUAAAAGCUAAGAUUGACAGUACUCCAUAACGAAUGAUUAUGGUGAGCUCAUUUUCUGUUCAAAUAAAUGUAUUAUGUUUCUUUUUAAUACAAAAAAAUGACAAAUUCUGUUGAUUAAAUAUAUUUUCUGAAUACAUUAUCAUCUAAAAUCGCAACUUUCAAACAACCCUUAAUAACAUGGAAAAAAUCCCAAAAUGCACAUGUUUUUUUAAAAAAAUCUCAAAAUACACACUUUAUAAAAAAAAUUCUCAAAAUACACAUGUUUGGGCGUCACCGCUAUUGUCAACCGCAGUGAAUGCAUUCACCGCGGCAGACCAAAGCGGUGAAUGCAUCACCUCGGUUGACGGCCGCGGUAAAUACCUAACGUAACACUGAAACUUCAAACAAGUUGUAACUUUGAAGUACUACAACUUUGAUGAUAACUAUAAUUUUGGAAAGUAUGUGGAUUUGUGAAAAGUAAAGGCAAAGUUAUUCCCAAAAUCUCGUAUACCCAAAAAUAUUUCUUUUUUAAAAACUAUUUCCUAGUAAAAGUUGUAUUUCUUAAAAAGUUAUGCCCAAUCAAAAAAAACUUUACGAUGUUCGGAUUGAGGAGUUAAAAGUUAUGUCCUUCCAAAGUUUGGCAAAAUCGAAAAAUUGCUCGUUCGAGGUAACAAACGACAUUUUUUUAGAUGAAGUCUUAUUGAAGAUUGAAAGAUCUUAAAAAUUAAUAUGGAAUCAAAAAAAUAUUCGCUACAAUCGGAUAACCGAGCGCAAAGUUAUGUUUGUUUGAAGUUUCAGUGUUAAGUCCGGCAUUCACCGCGGCCGUCAACCGCGGUGAUGCAUUCGCCGCUUUGGUCUGCCGCGGUGAAUGCAUUCACUGCGCUUGACAACAGCGGUGAUGCCCAAACAUGUUUAUUUUGUAAUUUUUUUUAUAACAUGUGUAUUUUGGGAUUUUUUUUUAAAAAACAUGUGUAUUUUGG